UUGGUGUAGUAGUACAUGUACGCUUUAAGGUGUGUAUGUAUGCAACAUUUGUGUCCUAAACAGUGUUCCGUACAGGCCAAUCACAAUGACGUCUAUACUGAAAGUGUGCAGAAUCUUUAAGACCCCCGUGCGGUUUUACCACUGGACUUCUGUCAUGCUGAAUGAUUUCAGUCGAUUUCCAGUUCCCGACGUUCAAACCCUUCCCGAUGACAUCAAAACAGUCAUGGAAACUACCAAAGAGAAAAGUGGGUUUUUCCCGAACGUGUUCAGUGCUAUGUCGUAUCGCCCUGACGAGGCACGAGCUUUUAUUCAGUAUUAUGAUGCUGUCAUGGCAGUAGACAGAGGGAAUUUGACGAAAGCAGACAAAGAAAUGAUCAUAUUAGCCACGUCUUCGGAAAAUAAUUGUCUGUACUGCAUCAUCGCUCAUGGAGCUCUUCACCGGAUAUUCUCCAAGAAUCCACAUCUAGCUGAUCAAAUCGCUGCGAAUUGGAAAACUGCAGAUCUUGAUGAUAGACAACGCGCCAUAUUGGAUGUCGCCAUGGAUUUGUGUCGUUGUCAGCCUUUAUCAGAAGAUAAGAUAGAAAACCUUAGAAAGCACGGACUAGAUAAAGACGAUUUGUGGGAUAUUGGUGCUGUGACAGCUCUGUUUGCGCUGUCAAACAGAAUGGCAUAUCUAAUGAAUUUGAAACCAAAUGAAGAAUUUUACUUAAUGGGAAGGAUCCCUAAACAGAAGUAAAAUGACACACAGAAGAAUAUGUCCAUGAGCAUCCAGUAUUAUAUAUCCAAGAUAUAUUUGAAGUCUGAUCUUGAAUGAUGUUUUUGACAAGUAAUUGUAAUAAGAUGAACCUAUGUAAUUUUGUAUUACAUCAUAAUAACAGUGUAAUAUAAUUUCAUAUUAAAAUUGUUACUUUU